AGCUAGUCCUGGAAGAUGCUACUUUACACACUAUCCAUCUCUCUCUUCAGCCACCUAUAGAUCUUUUAGCACCGUGGAUCGAACAAGGCAUCCUUCGUUGUUUCCCAGGUGUUUUCUUCAUCCCUUUCUGCAAGAAGACGGCUGUUAAUCAUAAGAAAAAGGCUGGGUUUGUUAGCCUUGUGAGUGGGUCUGUAUGGGCUGUGCAUCGUCAAAGCAGUUCAAACGAGCUCCUCGGCAUGAGGAUGCUGCUCUUCUGGCCAAAGAGACCACAUUUUCUUUGGAUGAAGUGAAGGCCCUCUACGAGUUGUUUGAAAAGAUUAGCUAUUCUAUAUUCAAGGAUGGGCUCAUCCACAAGGAGGAGUUCCAACUUGCUCUCUUCAGGAACAGCAAUCGGAAAAACCUUUUUGCCGAUCGGAUAUUUGAUCUGUUCGAUCUGAAGCGAAAUGGUGUGAUUGAAUUUGACGAGUUUGUUCGGUCCCUCCAAAUUUUUCACCCAGAUACUCCCAUGGCAGACAAGAUUGCAUUUGCAUUCAGACUAUAUGACCUGCGAGGCACCGGCAGCAUUGAACGUGAAGAGUUGAAGGAGAUGGUGCUUGCAAUCCUGAGUGAAUCAGACCUACUUCUUUCUGACGACGCUGUCGAACAGAUGGUUGAUCAGACAUUCACAGAGGCAGACCUGAACGGCGACGGGAGGAUAGAUCCCGACGAAUGGAAAGCAUUGACAAGCACGAAUCCAGCCUUGCUGAAGUACAUGACUCUCCCAUACCUGAAGGACAUGACCAUGUCGUCGUUCCCCAGCUUUAUUCUCUACCCUGGAACUGGCGAUGAAGAGUUGUACUAGAUGCCAUCAGCACAGGCAUCUGUGGCGUGGCUCUGAUCACUCAACUCUCAGGCAUAAAGCGACCUUCUGAGCUUCUCUCAUGUGGCUUGUGUUUUUCUUUUCGUUCACUGUGCAUAACUUUUGCGUCAUUUGAAGUUAGUUGUCGUGUGAAUCAAGUGGCUUGAAUUAUUAGUUUCCCCAUCUACCAGUCACCAAAUGGCCGCAGGGUUUAGGGAGAUCUUCCCCGUGGUAGGAGGGGAUCCCACCUGCCCCUCAAAAUCUGCCGAUUGGGAGUUUUGCCUUCGAAUCCGAUGCAACCAAACGAGACCUUAAAGAG